AUAUUUUGUUUACUUUGUAUAGAAGAAAAAUUAGAAAAUUUGUAAAUUGCAAUAAUGAGCAAUUGAAAUCCUUCCACGUGUACAUCUCACAAUCAUGAAAAUUUAGAACCAACAAAAUCUUCUUCUUCUUCUUCUUCUUCUUCUUUUCCUCCUUCUUCCCCCCAUUCUCAAUUCUCCACAAAAACAAAAACAAAAAAAAAAUCUUAAUCCCUUAUUCUACAUCCUUCCCUUUCCGCCAAUUCUCCUCACCAUGUCAUUACCUUCCUCCCAACUCAGUUUUCUCUCCACCGCCUUCUCUUUCUCCUUCUCCCCUCCACGGGCCCACAACCUUCGUCUCCUCUAUUCUUCCAGUGCCGUCGUCUCUUGCAAACUCCCUCCCGCUUCCGAUGAUCCCAAGGGAAAUGAGAAUCGGGUCGCGAAGCUUGCGAUUGUUACUUUAAUGGCUGGGAUUCUGACAUUGGGAUCGGUUCAUGAUGCUUCCGCCGCCAAGACUGGCGGCCGAGUCGGCGGUCAGGCCUUCCGUUCGGCGGCUCCUCGGCCGUCGUCCCCGAGAAUCAACAAUAAUUCUAGGACAAAUAUAUACAUAAAUCCAAGAGUAGCACCUCCAUUAGUAGGUGGCUAUGGGUUUGGAUAUGGUGUGCCAUACUAUGGUGGAUGGGGAUGGUCACCAUUUUCAUUCUUUGCACCUUCCCCAACAGUUGCUGUUGGCAUUGGAGGAGGUCUUGAUGUUCUUUUCUUCUUCAUUUUGCUUGGUUCUGUUGCAGCUUUUGUGAGAAAAAUCCUUGGAAGAAGGGAAGCAGAUGAUGAUGAUUACUAAUGACAUUCAAGUCCUUGGAUGGAAAUGUUGGGUUCAUACUUUGUAUUCACACUUUUAAACUUUAGCUUUUUAGUGGGAGAGUUUUUCUUUUGUCUUAUUUGUAUUAGAGGAGAUGUUAUGUAAUUAAAAAGCUUAAAUGUAUAAAAUGUAUAGUCAACCUCAGUUAAAAAUACAUGAACUAAAAAAAUAUUAUAACUAUUUAAAUACCUUUUUCUUA